AUGAAUUUCUUCUCUUGUUUCCACGCAAAGAACCCAUUUUUAUCGUUUCCUGCUGCAAAAUACACCUUUUUAAAUCUUCCGUUACAGAUGGGUAGGGUGAAGUUGAAGAUUAAACGACUUGAGAGCACAGGGAACAGGCAAGUUACAUACUCUAAGAGAAAAAGUGGGAUCUUGAAGAAAGCUAAAGAGUUGUCGAUUUUGUGUGAUAUUGAUAUUGUCCUUCUUAUGUUUUCUCCUACCGGAAAACCAACCGUUUUUCAUGGAGAACACAGUUGCAUUGAAGAGGUUAUUUCUAAGUUUGCGCAAUUAACUCCACAAGAAAGGACAAAAAGGUAUGCUUUUUUUUUUGCUCGUUUACAGGCAUUAAAGAAGACUUUUAAGAAGCUUGAUCAUGAUGUAAAUAUACACGAGUUUUUAGGAGCAAGGAAUCAAACUAUAGAGGGUCUAAGUAACCAAGUAGCCAUUUCCCAAGCUCAGCUUAUGGAAUGUCAUAGGAGGCUAAGUUGUUGGACAAACAUUGAUAGAAUUGAAAACACUGAACACCUCAAUUUAUUGGAAGAAUCAUUGAGGAAAUCUAUUGAAAGAAUCCAGUUUCACAAGGAACAUUACAAAAAUAACCAACUUCUACCCUUAGAAUGUACAACAACACAGUUUCAUAGCGGGAUACAGUUGCCUUUGGGAAUGGAAGGUAAUAACACUAUGCAAGAAGCUCACUCCAUGUCCUGGCUUCCUAAUAACGAUAACCAGGAAACAAUAUUACCUGGUGAUCCCAGCUUCCUUCCUCAUAGAGAGAUGGAUGGUUUGAAUCCUGUUUACUCAAACGGCUUCUUUGAGUCUAUAAAACAAGAAGAUCAGAUGUGUAGCAACCGUGGGCAACAAUUUGAGCAAUUAGAACAACAAGGAAACGGUUGUUUGGGUUUACAACAAAUAGGGGAAGAAUUUUCAUAUCCUACACCAUUUGGUACUACUCUUGGAAUGGAAGAAGAUCUAGAAAAGAAGAUAAAAUCUGAAAUGGAAUUGAACAUCUUGCCACAACAACAACAACAACAACAGCAGCAGCAAGAUCCUUCAUCCACGUAUGAUCCAACUACCAAUAAUGGUGGAUGCUUUCAAAUCCCGCAUGAUCAAUCCAUGUUUGGCACUAAUCAUCAUCAGCAUUAUCAGCAUCAUCAAAAUUGGGUUCCAGAGUCAAUAUUUGGCCAGACAUCAUCAUACAACCAGCAAUCGCACUAA